AUGGCAUCACCAUUCUCACGUCUUCCUCUGGAACUGCUGGAGGAAAUAGACACAUAUUUAACAGCUAGAGAACGAUAUCAACUAAUUUUACUUGACAAGACGUCAAGUAAAAUAUUCAAACAAUUCCUCUACCACUUGAUCACCUUCAACAGCUGGUAUCAAGUGGAGAAAAUCUUAUACAACAUGGAAAAAGAACCGCUGUUAUUCGAACAAACAAAAGCUCUUGAUAUAAGGUACCUACACAGCCACUUUCACCAAAGCCAACGUUUCCUCAGAAUUGCUUUGGAAUUUUGCGGUAACGUUGGCUUGUUAAAGGUUGGAAAUUCCAGUUGGAUAUCACAGUUCUACCGCCCUGGUGCUGCUGACCUCAGCGACUUCCCGGUGCUGCCCAAACUGAGAAAACUGGAGAUCAACUGCGGCAAUUGGCAAAUGAUAGAAAACUUGAUGACCUUCUUCUCAAAAUGUCCAAAUUUGGAAUCCCUCAAGCUUUUGGAUUUAUCUUACCAUUUCGCCCCAAGCCAAGCAGAAUUGUUACAUGAUGUUUUUCCAUCUCUUCAAGAACUAUGUCUUGAUUGUAUUCACUCUGGACCCAAUCUUCUCCAGUUGAUGCAGCCAAUUCCCAUACCUGAUGAACCUUGUGCUUUUAUGAAGAGAUUCUCUCUUGCUGCUGACUCCCGAUACGAUUUUAUGCCAUUAUUACAAUAUAUACCUCAAAAGUACCCCAACCUUGAAAAUUUGGAUCUCACUGGUGAUGAAGUUUUUGUAAGGAACGUUCAAAUAACGGAGGAACUAGAGUCAGCUGUGUAUCAAUUUCUCGACGGUUGCAACAACUUAAAGUCGAUACGCUUGGUCAACGUUCCGUCGACUGAUAGUUUUUUGGGUUAUUACAUGGAUCCUGUACGACGUAACUCAAGCUCUCUCGAAAAACUAGAACUUGUCAACUCGCAUGUUGGGGUAUCAUCGGAUCGGUUCAACCUUCUAUCUUGGUCUGCUAUGCCAUCUAUCAAAGUAUUGGAUAUUACUUUAAGCCCACAAAUCUUACAUAACCCUAGGUCAUUCUGUUACAAACUCAGGUCUGGUGUUAUGCUCAAGGAUCUUCGAAUCUCUAUCGGACAAGAUGGUCGUUCUUCGUCAAACAUACUCAGCAUUCAUUGGAUUCUCGAAUCCUGUCCUUCACUGGUAUCACUUACUUUGGAUUCAAGUUUCCUUGGUGUUGUCAACGACCCGGUCACUGGAUUGCCGCUCUCCACUGUACAGGAAUAUAAUCUGGAACGUCUUGUCAUCACAAACUGUACCUUCAAAAACGAAAUUUGGUCGUAUAUCGAAAAGCAUUGUCCCAAAUUGAAAUUUCGCUUCAUCAACAAAAGUAGAUCGGAUGAUGAUGGUUCACGGUACCCAUAG